AUGACAGAUCGAUCAUCUGUUGAUGUGGAGGUGACUCCACGCAUGCAUAUUGUGAAAAAAUCUAUGUGGCAGUCUAUCUUUGAUAACCCUAAAGUGCUCUUCAUCGCUUUCUUUGCCUCGUUUGGUGGUUUCGAGUAUGGAUACCAACAGGGUGUCCUGGGCCAGUCUCUGGUCAUGACCCGUUUUGUUGAGAACUUCCCAACUGUUGUCGCAUCAUCCACAGCAACGGGUUGGUUGACCUCCGUUCUGCAACUGGGAGGUAUUGUCGGAUCCCUGACAGCGGGUAUCCUGGGCGAGAUCUUCUCCCGAAAGUACACCAUGUUCUUCGCCUGUUGCUGGGUUAUUCUGGGAAGUUAUCUUUACAUCGGCGCUACGGCCGGAAACCCAUCUCUUUUGUAUGCCGGCCGUUUCUUCACAGGUCUUGGUGUGGGCCUGUUCAGCGGUGUCGGGCCCCUGUACAAUGCCGAGCUUGCAGCUCCCGAGAUGCGUGGCCUCUUGGUCUCUUUCUACCAGUUCGCCACGAUCUUGGGAAUCAUGAUUUCCUUCUGGGUUGGUUACGGAAGUAACAACAUCGGUGGCACUGGUGCGUCGCAGACCGAUCUGGCCUGGCGUCUUCCUUCCAUUAUUCAGGGUAUUCCCGCCGUGUGUCUCGCAUGUGGAAUCUGGUUCAUGCCAUUCUCCCCUCGCUGGCUGGUAAAGAAGGGCCGCGAUGAAGAAGCACAGGCUACUUUGGCCUGGAUGCGAAAGGUGCCCGUUGAGCACGAGCUGGUUCAGGUUGAGUACUUGGAGAUCAAGGCCGAGGCCGCCUUCGAGGAGCGCGCUUUUGCCAAGGCAUUCCCGAAAUUGGCAGAGCGUGAGCGCAAGAGCGUUUUCAUGAAUCAGAUUGCGCAGUAUGCCAAUUGUUUCCGGACUAUGGAUAACGUUAAGCGGGUGGCUACUGCGUGGUUGAUUAUGUUUUUCCAGCAGUGGAGUGGUAUCGAUGCUAUCAUUUACUAUGCUUCCAAUAUCUUUGAAAGCCUUGGUCUGACUGGUGGUACUAUUGCCCUUCUCGCAACUGGUGUGACCGGUGUUGUAUUCAUCGUCAGCACUAUCCCUGGAAUGCUCGUGAUCGAUAAAAUCGGCCGUAAGCCCAUGCUUCUUGGUGGAUCAAUCGUGAUGUUCUGCAGCAUGGUAAUCGUCGGAGUGAUUGUGGCGAAAUUCCAACACGAUUGGCCGUCACAUGUGGCAGCUGGUUGGACCGCUGUUGCCCUCAUCUGGCUCUAUAUUGCAGGCUUCGGCGCCACCUGGGGUCCCGUCUCCUGGACCCUCGUCUCCGAGAUCUUCCCUCUUUCGAUCCGCGCCAAAGGUGCCUCGAUCGGAGCUUCAAGUAACUGGAUCAACAACUUUGCCAUCGCAUUCUUCGUUCCACCGAUGCUGCAGGCUUGGGAGUGGGGCACGUAUAUCUUCUUCGCUGUGUUCCUGGCGGUCGGUAUUGCGUGGGUUUAUUUCUAUUUACCCGAGACCAAGGGUACUUCUCUUGAAGAGAUGGAUCGCGUGUUCAAGAGCAACACUGGCGAGCGGGAUGCUGAGUUGAUGCGUGAGGCUCAGCGCGAUGUCGGCUUGACCGACUUCCUGGAACGCAUGGGUGCUGCUACUGGACGGGAUCUGGAGAAGAACGGCUCUCAGUAUAUUGAGACUCUGUAG